AUUUUUUUUCCCUAACUUCCGCCUCUCUCUCCACCUCUCUCUUCUCUCUUUCUACAAACACCUCCAAAUCUCGAUCUCCCCCCUCUUCUCCGAUCUCUUCGUUGGCAAUCGACCACCAAAACCACCCCCCGCCGCUCCGAGUCCUCAUCGCCAGGCCAUCAUCUCCGGCGAACAGCCUUCGCCGUCGCCUCUUCCUUCUCCUCCAUACGCGCCGCCAGCGCCUACCCCAGGCGAGUCCAGUCGCUGCUCCGAUGGCCAGCCCCCUCCCUUCUCGUCCUCCACCGAAUGGCGGCCAGCCAAGCCUCCACGUCGCCGCUCCAUCCUCCGUCCUCCAGUCGCCUUCUUUCUCCCUUCCGACGAACGUCCAACAACCGCGACACAGCCUUGACUCCUCCCCCCACAGCGAUACCUCCGGCAAACCCCUUCGACGUUCCAACCAUGCAACCCUUCCUCAUGAAUCGCGUAGGCAAACACAACCUUAGUUUGUCCAUUCUUUGUUAUCCUACGCAUCAAAACUUGUCUCAUUUCCCCUCACACGAAGAGUCUCUUCCUUACCCUGUGAAUAAAGCAAGUGAUGAGCCGUUUUCACCAUUUACGGCUUUAUUUUCUGCUAAUUUUAUUCUUUCUCUGAACAGCAGAAGGUUUCACUUCCUGGGGUUACUCAAUAGCCGAAAGAAAGGAUUUUUAUUCUAUUUUUUGUGUGGGUAAGUUAGCAUGUGCCUCUAGUGUACAAAUGAUAUGCUUUUUUCACUGUCAUAAAGAAGAUUAAAAAAGAAAAGAAUAGCUGACUAGAGUGUACUAUAACCAGUUCUACCUGUUUUCUUGAACAGUAGCACAUUUGGUGUAAGUUGAAGACAUUCUGGGUAUUGCUGUUUGUAUGUUCUUGUUCUGUGUUUACUUUGUUUGAGUGUGGUUUCUUGUGAAAGUUUUGUCAUAAUUGAACACAGCUCAGAGUUUUACUUUUCAUAGCUAUUUUCUACUUUCUUUCUGAUAUUUUGUUGGGUUUUUGCUUUGUUUCUUGCAUGAAAAUGUAGGUUUUUUUUCCCUAUUUUCUUUUUUUGGGCCAAGGAGUGUGAGUGAUGUGGUGGGCAGAGAGGGGCCAGUGGGGUCUUUUUUUUAAUUACUUCCAAAUUAAUGUGAAGAUAAUGUUUGAUAGAAUCUUAUUGGGAAGACAAAGUGUGUGAAUCACAUUCAGCAGAGUGGGAGAAAAGGUGAAGAAAUUUAAGAGAGGAUUUUGAAGGAUGAAUGUUAGCUCAGCCAGAGAAAUGAAUGAUAGUUUAGCCGCUAUUACUGAGAGAAAACCUCAAAGGCCUUGUGGUUGUGUGGGCAUUUUCUUUCAGCUCUUUGAUCGGAACCGUAGAUUUGCCAAGAAGCUGUUUCCAAAGAAACUGUUUUCACCAGGUUGCUUGAAACAAGCUUCAAAAAAGUUUGAAGGGGAUGAGAAGCAGCCAAAGUUUUGUUUGAUUGCUUAUGAGAACAGUGGGGGUUUUCCAAAUGCAAAGAAUAAUGGAAUGACUAAUACACCUUGUGAAAGCAAGCGCGAAAUGAAAGGUCCAAGUUUGGUUGCUAGGCUAAUAGGUUUGGAAUCGAUGCCAGCAGGAUCAGGCAGUAAGCCCCAAAAGGCUUCAGCUUCUGAAACUUGGAGCAAUGUGGCAGACGAACUUGGUGCUCGACCUGGUGGAUCUGAUAAAGUAGAUCUGGAUUUGGAGAUGGCCGAAAUAAAGAGUUUAGAACCGGGUUUGCGAAGGUUUAGAGCACCUCAUCAUUUGGAAAUCCCUAAAUCCUUGUGUGGAUUCAAAGAUUUUAAAAGGAACAUCUGUGCCUUCAUGUAAAAAAUGUGGUUAUUUUCUUCAUAGUAAGAACGGUACACCAAAUGUGGAAGAGUACUCAUCGUCUGUAUCGUCACCUGUCUCUAGUGACUCUGGAUCUCCUUGUGAAGGUCCAGGAAGAAAUAUGCCAAGGUUGCCCAUUUUCAGCAGCAGGGAUCAACUAGAGACCCUAGAGAGAGUUUCUGAGGGUUCAUCCUCAAACGCCACUGCUGAAAUCGAUGAUGUAUCCUACUGUGCAGAACUCAUAUUGCGCAAAAGAUCUACUAGCAGAACUCUAAUGGAGAUGCAUGGCACCCUCCAAGGGAACAAUGUGAAGAAGGAUGCAUCAUCUGUCACUCGUGUGGUUAAUCAGAAGCAAAAUCAAGCAUCUCAGAAUAGUGAGAGGGGUCUUAUGAAGUCUAAGCCAAGUAGUUUGCAGAGCAACAGAGUUUUAGCAGCUGCAGAAUCUAUGAAUAAUACCCAAAAUUUUGUUGCACAGAAUAAAAGGCCUAGCAGGAAAGAAGAUUUGUGUGAUGAUGGUGAUGUAUCUUCUAGAAAUACUUGCAUGAAUUUCCAGGCCAUACCAGAUUCAGCAGCAACAGAUUUAGUUGGGAAUUCACUUGAUCACCAUAGUUCAGGAUGUGUUCUUGAAGCUGCCUUUUCAACUGACAGCUACCUCUCCUGCAGUCCCAAUAGUAGCUCAAAGGGCAAAGCGCUUGCUGAAUCAGUGGACUCUAUUGAUGAUGAACCACUCUUUCCAGAACCUGAUAGAGAUCUUUCAGGUUGUGAGACCUCAUCAUCCACCAGGAGGAGGAGUUGCAGAGAACUGAUCACAGACCAUUUUAACAACGUUUCUGAAGUGCUAAGCAAGAUUGAUCAGUUAAAAAAAAAGCAAACUCAGUUACACAAAACAGGUCAUUUUGAAUACCGAACUCAUAUUUAGAACUACACCUCAACAGCAGGCUCUACCUGUAGAGGAUGGGUUCUCUGUGAGCCAUUUUCUCCUCAAUGAACAUGAAAUGUUUUCGAGUCUUUUGUGGAUGACUUUCGGUCAGUUGCUUGGCUGUAACGACCCAAAACAGAUAAAUCAGCUUAAAUGAUUCGCCUUUGAUUGUCUAUUAGAGUACCUAGACUCAAAAUUUGGUCGAUACUCUGAUUCUGGUUUCAGAACCCGUACCAAACUACCAUCAAGUAUGACCAAAGAGAUUUUGAUUGCUGAUAUUAUUGACGAGGUCGAAGAGUGGACAGAAUUUAUUGGUUUGAUCCCAGACGAGCUAGCAGAAUAGGAUAUGAGCCAUUCUUUGGGUAAAUGUACAGACUUGGAGAUUGAAGAAUAUGAAUGUGGCACAGAAGUUGCUAGGCAUAUUCUCGAAGAAUUAGUAGAUGAAGUAGUUUUAGACCUCUACAGUUCUAGCUAAAUUUGGAUGGAACUAUUAGUAGCUCCUCUUUUUGAGACUUUGUUGCAAGCCUAUCAGUGUUGUUCUCAUGUGAUAACUCUUGCCUCAAUAAUGUCAAGCAAAGUAAUUUGUACAAA